GGUAUGUCAUUGUCAGACGUCAACGCUGAACGCACAAAGUGGCACUGGCUAUUUUGCCGAGAUAAAAAUAAACUACUUUUAAUUUUUCGUAUAGAAAACAUACAUUCGGAUAUUUAUUUUUUAUUGAACUAUUGUAAAUUUGUCGAGCCAAGUGAUGGUUGAUUAAAAAAUCCCGUUUGCGCUUGUGUCUAACAACAUACCUAAUAAAAUGAAUAAUAUAAUGUCUUGGACCGUAGAAGAUGAGGCGAUCAUCGCCACCAACACGGACGCUACGGAGUGUAAACGGUGCGCAGUGGAACUAGGAUAUUGGAAAGACGAAUACAUCAAAUAUUUCGUAAAACAUGCGGAUAGAAAAGCACCUGAAAUAAAUCGCGGCUAUUAUGCUCGGGUCAAGGCAAUGGAGAUGUUCAUACAUCAGUUUCUAGAAAGGUGUGGCACUAAGUGUCAAAUUAUAAAUCUGGGCUGCGGAUUCGACACAUUGUACUGGCGACUGAAGGACACCACUCAAGCCGUCAGCAAUUUUAUUGAACUAGACUUCCCCUCUGUCAUCAGCAAGAAGUGUCACAUUAUUAAACGCAACAAACAGUUACUCGAAAAGAUAUGUAAUGAAGACGGCGAGGUGGUGCUGCGGUCGGGCGACCUGCACGCGGACGGCUACCACCUGCUGGCCUGCGACCUGCGCUGCGAGCGCGAGCUGGCGCGCAAGCUGGCGGCGGGCGGCGCCGCGCGCGAGCUGCCCGCGCUGCUGCUGGCCGAGUGCGUGCUCGUGUACCUGCGGCCCGACGCCGCCGACCGCCUGCUGGCGCAGCUGGCCGCCGCGUUCCCGCGCUGCGUGCUGCUGGUGUACGAGCAGUGCAACCUGGGCGACCGGUUCGGCGAGGUGAUGGUGCGCAACCUGAGCGCGCGCGGCUGCCUGCUGGCGGGCGAGCGCCACUGCCGCCAGCCCGCGGCGCAGGAGCAGCGCCUGCGCGCGGCCGGCUUCGAGCGCGCGCGCUGCUGGGACAUGGACACGGUGUGGCGCGCGCUGCCCGACGACGACCGCGCGCGCGCCGAGGCGCUGGAGAUGCUGGACGAGCGCGAGCUGCUCAGCCAGCUCAACUCGCACUACGCGCUCACCGUGGCCUCGCGCGGCGACCUCUUCGCCGACCUCGACCUGAGCGGCUGAGCACACCACCCCCCGCACCCCGCACACACACCUCCCCCCACUCACACACACCCCUCCCCCCACGCGAGCUGCUCAGCCAGCUCAACUCGCACUACGCGCUCACCGUGGCCUCGCGCGGCGACCUCUUCGCCGACCUCGACCUGAGCGGCUGAGCACACACACCCCCCGCACCCCGCACACACACCUCCCCCCACUCACACACACACAGUCAGUCGUUCCUAACGAGCAUUUCGCAGAUCUUAGAGUAAUUAUGAUGUAUUGAUUCUUUAUAGUAAAAAAUCUCAAAUAGUUCUGCAACGUGUAAUGAACGUAAUAUUUUUGGAUAUUUUAACAUUUUAUUAGAUUUUUAAGAGCUUUAUUUGUGAAUUUUGCGAAACGAUAUUAUAAUAAUUAUUGAUGAGUGUGUAGCGUUAACGUUCCGUUGAUUCGUUCUGCAGAUGAUCGCUCGUAGUCUUCCUUAUUUAUUUAUUUCUCAAAAUAGACUAAAAGUUAUGUUUUUUCGGUGCUAACUCGAGUUUUUUCUGGAUAAAUAUCAUAUAUAUAACUAUACAUUUAAGAUGAUUUUUCGGAGAGGUAACUUGUUCAUUACAACUCUGAAAAUUAUAUCUGUAUUACUUUAUGACAUAAAAAUUCUAUAGAUCUAUUCUAUCGUAUAAAUUAUGGUCCGUAGUGAUUUAGUACUCAAAGUAUAGCGUCCCUAAACUAAAGUUAUCAUACACUUGGUACUGAACACUUCGGAAUAAUCAAUUAAACUAUCGGUAUCGUGGCAUAGUGUGAGUGUGUCUAAAGUAUUUGAUUAGAUUUUAAAGUAAAUUAUAUGGUUGUAAAUAUAUUUUUUGUUGAAAGUUGUUAUCGCGUUGUAAGUAUGUGGAUUGUGAAGCGCGCAAGUGUCUCCUAUAGCUAAAUAUUAACGUGCAGUUUUUUGAAGUCUAUUAUCUACUUGUAAAAUCAAUAUAGGAUGUAACCAUUUGUUGUAUAAUAAUUGACAUAAUUUCGUAAGAGACAGCCCCCGGAACUCGCAUUCGAUCCUGUGACUGUUGACUUCUGCCAACGCCGACUCGGAGUUUAAUUUUUUUUUUUUUCAAUUUAUAUAAUAGAUUGCGAGUACGCUAGUCUCACUGUAGGUAUCUUUCAGUAGAAAAUUAUCGGUAGCGAUAUAUCCUUGUAAAUUUCUCUAAAAGUAUAUCAUAUCAAAAACUCUUUAAACCGAGC